UCCAUCCCGCACUGGAGUUCGAGUCGCGACACAGUUCAGCCUAGUACAGACACACAUAACCUACAGAGAUGGAUCUCGAACAAAUGGGUCCCCAAACCUUCUUAUACGGUUGUGAACUCAAGGCAGGCAAGGAUGUCAGUUUUAACCCAGAGGAUGAUGAUUUUGAUCAUCAGUUAUCAGUCAGAAUGGCCUGUGUCGAUCCCGCAACAAAAGAUGAGCUGAACGUUGUGGAGAUUGAAGGGCAGGAUUCAGAGGGUCAGAAGGUCAAAGCAGUUCUGGCCACACUCAGGCCUUCCACCCUCCCCAGUGUGUCUCUAGUUGGGUUUGAGAUCACUCCACCUGUUGUGUUCCGUCUACGCUCUGGUUCCGGUCCAGUUCACAUUAGUGGACAGCAUCUCGUCAUCAUGGGAGGAGACCAGUCCUUUGACGAAGAGGAGGAGGAGGAGGAGGAGGAAGAAGAAGAGACAUUGACAACAGGCAAAAAGAGGCCAGCGUCAUUGACUCCGAAGCUUUCUAAAAAAAUUAAGUUGGAGGAAGAGGAUGAAGAUGAUGACGACGAUGAUGAGGAUGAAGAUGAUGAGGAUGACGAUGAAGAGGAAGAAAGCUUUGAAGAGUCGCCUGUAAAGGUAAAGAAGACCCCAUCCAAAGCACAGACCCCUGCACAGAAUGGGAAAGGACCCAAGCCCAAUACACCUGCCAAGCAGCUCAAGACUCCAGAAAAGAACAACAAGGGUGACAAGAAAGUACAGUCGCCCAAAACGCCACAGACGCCACGGGUUUUCACUGUCCCAGAGAUCAAGGCCAAGAUGAUGGCAAGUGUAGAAAAGGGUGUAUCACUACCAAAACUACAGCCAAAGUUUGAGAACUUUGUGAAGAACUGCUUCAAAGCCACUGAUGCAAAGGUCAUUGAGGAGCUCUGGAAGUGGAGACAGAACGUCAAGGAAAAGAACUGAAAAACUUUAUUUUAAGGGUUUUUUUUUUUUCAUGAUUUAACUUUGUUACCUGCAAUUUUAAGUUUUUUUAUCCCCCCCCCCCACCGUACUUUUCAGUUUUAUGCAAAUCCGUGCCAUUCCUUGAAAAGACUUUACUCAGAACAUGACCUCUUUCAUCUCUGCAAUCUGCCCUCUCCUCACCCCUGUGGUGUUGUCAUGUCCAUAGAGUGUAGCCUUCAUUUGGCAGCCUUGUUGCUCAAAUGUGAUUCUGAGCAGAAGAAUUCAACCCUCUAAUUUAUAUGGAGAAUUGUUGACUGUACCCGUCCAUGAUUUCUUUAAAAUGACAUGUAAAUGUGCAUGGCAUUCUGUUUAGAGAUGCGACUGAAGUUGAUUUAUUGAAAUCUUGAAACGCUUGACCUAGUUUGCAAUGCAUGAGUGGGUUUCAGAAUUCUAGUUUAUCUGCAGGUCAUGUUUUUUUUUGUAAUUGUCAACAUCCUGUAACAUGCUAGAAGGUGGAAUGUAUUAUGUUUGGGAUUGAGAAUUAAGAAAUCAAUGUCAACAAUGUGUAUUUUAGGUAAUGUCACAGUCUGUGCAGCUAAAUCUUAACAGAAUCAGUACUCAAUCUAUGACUGCAGUUCAGGUGUGGUUCUCUUGUUCACCUUUUUUGACUUCCUUGAAUCUGUUCAAAUGCAAAUAAAGUUUAUAUUUAACAGG